GCCUUGCCUGCUGACCACGGGGCUCCCAAGCGACGCAUAUAUAAGUUCAGAAGAUUACUUCCGUCCUUUCGCCGUAGGAGAUGUCAAGCACCGAGUACCUGUUUUCCGUCCCUAUUCACCCUCGUUUGCCUCGCUCGGAAAAGCACCUGUCUCUCGUUUCAAUCGCAAGUGCCCACACGCCAUGCUCUUCAUCAACUCCGCCCUUGCUCUACUCUGGGCCGCCUCCUCUGCGAGUGCGGCCAGAGAUGCAGAUGGCAAUUCUACAGUCAUCGGCCAACCCAAACCCGUCGAAGAAGUGAUUGUGACCGCCGACAACACAGUCAACGGUACUUAUGUUGGCCCCGACACCACCGUCAACGUGCUUAAAAGCAAACUCUCUGUACGCGACAACACUGCGGCCGCGCAGAUCAUGGCCUUCAAGCUCAGAAACAACAAGAACAAGGAUUUCUACGCUUACAUCGAGGGUAGAGACAGCAGUGGUCAUGCUGUACUCGUCGGAGCAGACGGCAUCGUGGUGACGCCCAGCUCUAAGAAAUCCAGCACGCCCCGUCCUAUCGACGACACGCCGGCAAUCCGCGUACCUGCAAAUACGCAGGGGGUUUGUGUUUCUGUUCCGCGUCUUGAAGGGGGCCGCGUAUACUUUUCGGACAGAAAGCUCUUAUUCUCCGUCGUGCACAACCCGGCAACCGACAUGGAUUCCAUAGUCGGUCCAAACUAUGCCGACGACAACGACCCCAAUACGCUGGCUCAUUACGACUUCAUCGAGUUCAACCAGAAUCAUGGUGAUGGCGCUUUUGGUGCUGCCACCAACUCCGUCAAAAUGAUAGGCCUGCCAUUCGAACUGCGCGUAUCCGACGGCAGCGGGCGACCGAAGCCCGGGCUUGGCGUCAGCAAUCAAUGCCUUGAUAAGCUCUGCGAAUUGGCUAUUAAUGAGCCAGCCUCCGGCCUCAAGUGCUUGCAAAAUGCGAAAAGGGAGAACGUUCGAGUGGUGGGUGUCAAGGAGGGAAACGUUUAUGACCCUUUGGACGCCUUCACCAAGUCGGAUCGCUUCAAGGAGGCUUGCCUGAACAACGGGAGGACAGGGCUCGGUCAGGUUGGCAGCGCCAGGCCGCGCACCUUUAUUAUUGACGUUGGUGAACGCCGAUAGGCUCCGUAACAGGCGAACCGGGACUUUCUUAUAUUAGGCAUCGGCGUCAGUAGUAGCUCAGUGACCUACUUGAAGGGUUAAUGCUUAAUAUAAAUAUAAUUCAUAUAUCCCUAUUGCGACUUUUUAUUUAGGGUAGCUGCGAUAUUGUAGGGCAGGACGUUACUUUAUGUCUAGGCGGUUUGGACUACGUAUAUGCCUCACGCGAUCAAAUGUCAAU